AUGCAUUCGCCGGUGUUGAAGGCUCGACUCGCAGCUCAGGAGGUUCCAUCGAACGACUCGCACCGCGACGACUCUCCGUUGUCUCCAAGUAUACUAGAUUUCGAUGAAGGCCGUGAGGUCUUGUCUUCCUUGUUGAAGGCGUGCUAUGACGGAGAGGAGGGUAUGCCCACCGACCUCGCUUCCAUCGCGGAGCUCCUGGAUGCAUCCGACAAGUACCAAAUGGCGCGCAUCGGGGGCUGGGCUCGCGCAGCUUGGGAUAGAGUGGCGGUGGAUCACCCCUUGGAAGCAUACUGCGUUGCGGUGAACCAUGGGCUGAACGAGUGCGCGGAUGCAGCUGCGCGGAACAUACUCGCAGGACCGAUCGCGGAUGCCUACACCUCCAUCAUGGACGUCACACCUGCCCUCGCCUACCAUCGCUUGCUCAAAUACUAUGAUACAUGCCGCCAGGUCGUCCGGGAACGACUGGGUGAAGUCAGCGACCGGGUCCCUGCCUAUAUCUACAUCUACCGUCCCGGGUUUGGGAAUGGCGAAGCGGCCACUACCGACGUCAAGGACGCAUUGAAUGAGUUCGCCACCAAUCCAGACAGCGUCCUGGCCGCGGGAUCUACCCAGAACGCACUGCUUCAAAAGACCUUGACGAAGACGAUGUCUGGUCCUGACCUCCUUGGCCAAACCCCACUUCGGGAUUUCGUACAUGUACUCAUGGAGUGCGUGACUUCGGUCCCGCAGGCAAUCAAUUCUGCGAUCGACGCUGUACGGAUCGAGCGAGCCUGAGUUGAGAAGGAGCCGUAUAUAUGUGGAGUCGACGAGCGUCGCGCGCAGGUGCGCGGCUGCUUCUGAU